CUGUGUGUAGGUUGUUUUCUUUGGUACUUGUUGUGUUUGGCCAUGUGGAGAUUGAAUAUUGUGUAUGUUAGUGUUGAGUAUGCUGUUUGGUGCUAGUAAGUUGUGAUUUUGGUGUCAGAAUUAUGUCUACCUGCAGAGUGCACAGUGUUAGAUUUUAUGAUUUAGAACCAAGAGCAAUUCAUUGUAUGGCAUAUGAAUCUACUCAGAGGAAGCUAGCAGUAUCCAGAUCAGAUAGCUCAAUAGAAGUUUGGGAUCUUGCCCAUACACCUCACAUUGAACGAACCAUUCCAGGCAGAGUGAAUAGUUCAGUUGAAGCAAUUACAUGGUGUGGAGAACGCUUGUUCAGUGCUGGCCUUCAAGGAACAAUUACAGAAUACAACCUACAGACACUGUCAUACAAGUUUGAUAUUCCUGUGACAGCUGGCCCUUGUUGGUGUCUUGAAAGUAACUGUAGCAACACACGUCUUGCAGCUGGCACUGAAGAUGGAUAUAUCAACAUUUUCACAGUUACUAAUGAUGGGUUAAUGUAUGAAAAAAUUCUGGAUAGACAAGAAGGUCGAAUUCUAUGCCUGGCAUGGGAUGCAACAGGUGAUGUGAUUAUAACAGGCUCAGCAGAUGCUGUACGAAUCUGGAAUGUUGACUCAGGGCAUGCAAUACAUCGCAUGACACCAGGUCGUGAUGAGAGAAAGAAAGAAACCAUCAUAUGGUGUCUUGCAGUCAUUAAGGACUUCACCAUUAUUAGUGGUGACUCAAGAGGCUGUAUCACUUUCUGGGAUGGCAACACAGGAACACAAAUUGAAAGUUUUCAGACCCAUAAGGCAGACAUUUUGUGUCUCUGUUUAGCAGAAGAUGAGAAUUCUGUUUAUUGUGCUGGUGUGGACCCAUUGAUCAUUAGCUUUACAAAAGUUUGGCUGCGAGGUGGUACUGGUACAAGUAGUUGUGGUAGAAGUAAGUGGGUUAAGUCAGUGCAACGCCGGAUCCAUGAUCAUGAUGUACGAGCCCUUGCCUUGGCAGAUGGGAAACUCCUUUCAGCAGGUGUAGACAGUUACCUUGCAAUAAGCAGUUACCCUCCUCGUCAGCUUGUAAAAUAUCCACCUCUUCUGCAGGCUCCAAGUGUAAGUGUAUGUCCUGAGGCACGAUGUAUAAUGCUGCGGUACUUAUCACAUUUAGAGGUGUGGCAGCUUGGCAAUACAGCACCCAUUGAAAAUGGAGAUGAAAUUCAUGAAGGCAUUUUGCCUUUGAUCGAAGAUCCAAUUCGGUUAUUGACCCUGAAGUCACGUGGUGGUGAUGCUAUUGUCUGUGCAGACAUGAGCAGUAAUGGAAAAUGGAUAGCCUACUCUAGUGUUACAACAUUGUGUUUCUUCAGUUUUCAACUAGGCAGCAAACCCAGCCUCCAGAAGGCUCCUGUUUUGUGUGAAGUUAGUUCAGCUCACAGAAUCACAUUCACUUCAGACAGCACACGAGCAAUAGUUUCAACUAGCACUGGAGACAUUGUGGUGAUACAGUUGGGUGGAGAUGAGCUAGUAUUGGAGCAUGUUUUCCAUCCACUGGAUGACAGAUUGUUAAAGGAUGCAGUACACUUGCUGACUGUCUCUCAUGAUGGUCAGUUCAUCGUUGCAGGUGACCACUGUAGCAACAUUAUUGUAUGGACCACAGCUGAUUGGAAGCAUCAUUGUUCCUUGCCACGAUACAGUUGUGUGCCAACUGCUUUAUCUGUCCAUCCUCGCACCAAUGUGCUUGUGAUUGUUUACAGUGAUCACAAGGUUGUAGAAUACAGUCUAUGUGGACGUAAAUAUACAACGUUCUCCAGGGGUCUUGAAGGCCGCCACCCUGUGCAGUGGCUCUCAAGAGGUUUUGCAGUAAACAGUGUGACGUUUGAUCCAAACAAUGAGGAUAUUAUUAUGCUUCAAGAUGACAAUACAAUAUGCAUCAUCGAUAAGGAUAAGGAACUGCCAUUGGCAGAAGCUAAGAUUCCCAGAGUUGGUUCUCCACAAUCACUUUCAGAUAGUCUCGACAGCAGUCAAUGUCACCCAAGAACUACCACACCUCAGCAUGCCUUCCAUGUUAUAAAGAAAUAUAAGCAUCUUGUUCAUGUGGAUUGGCUGAGUGGGGAUGAACUCAUUGCAGUGGAAGUGAAUCCACUUGCCCUUGCUGAGAAACUUCCAGCGUCACUCAAAGAGAAGAGGUUUGGUGUAAUGUAAAGCAACAAAUGGAUGAAUAUAAGACCAAGUGCAGUAUUCAUAAUGUCUUACAGAUGCAAACAUUUAAAACCUGUGGUGUAUGUGUUGAUUUACAUCAGUUAGAAGUAAAGUUUCAAUGUGGAAUGUUUGUACAACAGAGCUUGUAUGUUUUAAGUUGUUUAUAAUUUUAAAUACUUCUCAUCCCAUCUGUAUAAUUGCUACAUGAGGACAGUCAGAUGUUUAUGAAAUUUUGUCACAUUGUCAUUUUUUAGGAAGUUACAUUCAUGUCUCUUGCUUAUGCAGAAUAUUAUUCAGUUGGUUAUUACAUAUACCCUUUGUUACUCAAAUAGAUGACUCAUAUAUGCAUGUUAUUGUGCAGUGUUUUGUAUAUUACCAUGUUAACUGGCUGAAUAAAAGAAUUUUCGUAUAUUAA